AUGGAGUUGACAUUGGAUGCGGUUCAACCCGAGCUCAUGCAAAAAAAGGAGCAAAGGUUGAAGUUGGAGGCGGAAAUGGGAACUCCGGAGGGGAGGGAUGAGGAGAAUAUGCCAGCUUCGGCGUUUGUUGUCAAGCGGGAACGGUACGGGGUAACCGUUGCCAAAGGGUCAAGCGAGCGGGGAGUUACCGGAGGAGGAGGAGGCAACACGAGAACUUGCUAUGCUUGCGAUGAGAAGGGCCACGUCCGGGCCUAUUGCCGCAACUCGAACGCAGAGUGCUUUAAAUGUGGAGAGAGGGGCACAUUAGCUCGGUGUGUAGAAAGCCCCGGGUUGGUGCAAAGAGCGGCGGUGAGGACCGCCGGGAGCGGCAAGGGUUUGCCGGUGUGCGUUUACGGCGUGGCGCAAGGAGGCGCGGACGCCGGCGGGGAUUGCGAUAACAAUAGAAGGGCGUUUUUGGCGGUCAAGGGGACGGCCAACGUGGAGCGGAAGAUUGGGGUGGCGGCAAGAAAACCGCCGGUGGUUGCGAAGAGAAAGCGGGUAGAGGUGAAGCCGGUCAACUUCAUUGAGGUUGAUGUUGAGUCGGACGAUGAGUCAGACGACGGGUUGAAAGAGACCCAACCGGUAGGUGUGAGCGUCGGGGAGACGGAGGCCCCGACGGAGCCGGUGACGGAGGUGCGCGGCGCAACAAAAACCGUGGGAGCCACCGCAGCGGAAGCCGUGAGAGCACGGAUGGUUCCGGGGACUGUUUUGGUUGAGAGCGAGGGAGCGACGUCGCCGGGGACGGGCGACAAGCGCUAUCCGGAGAGUGCGCGAGCGGCGCCGGUGAGGUAUGGGGGCGGAGAAGCGAACGAGGGUUGGGUGACCGUGACGCCGAAGGCCAAGAAGAAGAGGGGCCGUAGAGGCUAG